UUGUGUGGUAUAUACUAAUAAUAAAUAUAGUCUCCCGAGACCUAGUGAAAAAGCUUUGAGAAAAUUAGUAGACUUGGUAUUUGUUUCCACUGUAAUUUUCGUUUAAUACUGACAGAAGUGGUUGACAUGAAGAAUAUGGACGAAGUUAUACAAGCCAUCUCUAUCGGGCUCAUAGUUGCUUGCUUCCUUCUCAACACCAAUCGAGUUCUAAAGAGCAUCGAAAUAUGCAAGGAAUGCUUGGCCAUCUCGAAACAAAAAGCAGCCAUCAAAAACUAUAAACUAGCCAAAGCAUUGUGCAAGAGGGUGUAUUUGAUAAUGUCGAAUGCUUAUCGUGCUAUCAACGACAACACAAAUGCCAUAAAAUACGCACACGAAAGUGGAGAAAAACUUGAAGAAUGUAUCCUAUGCUUCAAUUUAGGAAGCAUGUAUUUCCGUCAACGUAAAUACGCAGAAGCGAGAGACCUCUACAAGAAAGCGCUCAUAAUCAGUACAGAAAUUGGUGUCAGAAAUGUAGAAGCCGCCUGUGACAGAAACCUUGGAGUUGUGUAUCGAUCAGUUGGCGAAUAUGACAAGGCGAGAGAACAUCUCGAGAAUUCACUUGCGAUCAACAAAGAAAUCGGUGANCAG